AAAAGCAUCUUCGUUUUUUUAUUCUUUUUUAUUUCCCCCAUUCUGAGUAAUUUGGGGCUGCUUCCCAAAAGAAUCCAGGUUAGACAGCCUGUAAAACCACGAAGACUGUGAAUGUAUCUUUACGCUAUUUCCGUAUCUGCGCACCGUGAAAGGCGUAAGCACCACAUGCUAAAACCGGAGGGCCUACUUUCACAAUUCACCGGAAUACCUCGAUUUACGCUGCAUGUCUUAUUGAAAUAAGUACCAGAGUUAGCUUUGUUGUGAAUGACUGUAAUGUGCUUUUAAGUUGAUAAUGACCUAAUUCCGCUGUAAAUAUGUUAUUGGCCAGAAGAUUCAUAUGUCAAGGAGGACAUCAGUUAACUAAAAUGGCAGAUGCAGUUCAGAGCUCAACCCCAAGGCGGCCUGGUGUGGGAAUUGGAGUGCUUGUCACUGAUCCCACUCAGCCGGGGUGUGUGCUUUUAGGGAAAAGGAAGAGCUCGGUUGGAAAGGGUGCCUAUCAGUUACCUGGAGGCCACAUUGAAUUUGGAGAGACAUGGGAGCAGUGUGCGCAGAGAGAGGUGAUGGAGGAGGCCGGGAUACAGCUGAAGAACAUCCAUUACGCCUCUGUAGUGAACUCCAUCAAGCUAGAAGAAAACUAUCACUACGUUACAAUCUUCAUGCAAGGAGAGGUGGACAGGGCCUUCCCUUCUGAGCCUGUGAAUAUGGAGCCAGAGAAAAACGAGGGGUGGAUGUGGAGACUUUGGGAGGACUUUCCCUCAGAGGAGCAGCUCUUCUUGCCGCUGGCUAAUUUGAGACAACAGGGUUUCCAGCCGUUCAGAAACAGAGGCAAAGAUCUAAUGUAAUCGGUAAACUCUGUGUUUACUUCACUGUGAGAAGAUAUGCUCUUUGAACAACAUCAGCAACUGCUUUCUCUAACCUCAUCCACUGGGAUAAAGCAGGCACAUGAAAUAUGGCUUACCAGCAGAAAGAGGACUGUGUGUGUGGAACUGAGUGGAAGGUGCAGGUGUCUUUCACUGGCAAGUGCAGUGGCACAAUCCACCAAGAAGUACAUACAUACGUACAUCAUCUAAACCACUUAUCCUUCUGGGUUGCGGUGGGGUGCUGGAGCCUAUCCCAGCUGUCAUUGGGCGGGG